CUUCCCAAACCUCUUCCGCGCCCCAGGCGCUGUGGUCUCCACCCGGCCCUUCGUUGGGAUCUAUCCCGUGUUCCCGAUUCUGAGGUCCCUCCAGGCCCAGAAUCGGGAACAGCGCCGGUGGGGUGCCAUCUGGGUGUCUGUGCAGGAACCCGCUGCACCUGGUGAGGUGGGCAUGGGAGACCGGGCACAGCUGACCAGAGACCCCAUUUUCUUCCAGACUGAGGGGGAAGGCGGUGGGGCCUCCGCACCUGCCCCGCGGAAGAUGCAGUUUUUCGGCCGCCUGGUUAAUACCCUCAAUAGCGUCAGCAACUUGUUCUCAAACCCAUUCCGGGUGAAGGAGGUGGCUGUGGCCGACUACUCCUCGAGCAACCGGGUCCGGGAGGAAGGGCAGCUGAUUCUGUUCCAGAACACUUUGCACCGCACCUGGGACUGCGUCCUGGUCAACCCCAGGAACUCGAAGAGUGGAUUCCGACUCUUCCAGCUGGAGGUGGAGGCCGAUGCCCUGGUGAACUUCCAGCAGUAUUCUUCCCUGUUGCCGCCCUUCUAUGAGAGCUCCAGCCAAGUCCUGCACGCCGAGGUCCUGCAGCAGCUGAGCGACCUCAUCCGCAACCACCCCAGCUGGUCGGUGGCCCACUUGGCGGUGGAGUUGGGGAUCCGAGAGUGCUUCCAUCACAGCCGCGUCAUCAGCUGCGCCAAUAGUGUGGAGAAUGAGGGGGGCUGCACCCCCCUGCACCUGGCCUGCCGCAAGGGUGACGGGGAGAUCCUGGUGGAGCUGGUACAAUACUGCCACGCCCAGAUGGACGUCACCGAUAACAGCGGAGAGACUGCCUUCCAUUACGCUGUCCGGGGUGACAAUUCCCAGGUGCUACAGCUCCUAGGGAAGAAUGCCUCAGCUGGCCUGAACCAGGCCAAUAACCAAGGGCAGACGCCACUGCACCUGGCCUGCCAGCUGGGGAAGCAGGAGAUGGUCCGUGUGCUCCUGCUGUGCAAUGCUCGCUGCAACAUCAUGGGGCCCGGCGGCUGCCCCAUCCACACAGCUAUGAAGUUCUCCCAGAAGGGGUGUGCUGAAAUGAUCAUCAGCAUGGACAGCAACCAGAUCCACAGCAAAGACCCCCACUAUGGAGCCAGCCCCCUCCACUGGGCCAAGAACGCGGAGAUGGCCCGCAUGCUGCUGAAACGGGGCUGCGACGUGAACAACACCAGCUCUGCAGGGAACACAGCCUUGCAUGUGGCCGUGAUGCGCAACCGCUUCGACUGCGUCAUGGUGUUGCUGACCCACGGGGCCCACGCCGAUGCCCGCGGAGAGCACGGCAACACGCCGCUGCACCUGGCUAUGUCGAAAGACAACGUGGAGAUGGUCAAGGCCCUCAUUGUGUUUGGAGCAGAGGUGGACACCCCAAAUGACUCUGGGGAGACUCCUGCCUUACUAGCCUCCAAGAUCAGCAAACUUGUCACUAGGAAGGCGCUCUUAACUCUGCUGAGAACUGUAGGGGCCGACUGCCAGUUGCCACUCGUCUCGGUGGUCCCCGUGCAGCAGGGCUCCGCGGCAGCACACCACCGCGUCUCCCUGGAAAGAUCUCAGCCCCCACCGAUCAGCUUAAAUAACCUAGAACUGCAGGACCUCAUGCACAUCUCCCGGGCCCGGAAGCCGACAUUCAUCCUGAGCUCCAUGCGGGACGAGAAGCGGACCCAUGACCACUUGCUCUGCCUGGACGGCGGGGGUGUGAAAGGCCUGGUCAUCAUCCAGCUCCUCAUCGCCAUCGAGAAGGCCUCAGGCAUCGCCACCAAGGACCUCUUUGACUGGGUGGCAGGGACCAGCACCGGGGGCAUCCUGGCCCUGGCCAUUCUGCACAGCAAGUCCAUGGCCUACAUGCGGUGCUUGUACUUCCGCAUGAAGGAUGAGGUGUUCCGGGGCUCGCGGCCCUAUGAGUCGGGGCCCCUGGAGGAGUUCCUGAAGCGGGAGUUUGGAGAGCACACCAAGAUGACGGACGUCAAGAAGCCCAAGGUGAUGCUGACGGGGACGCUGUCGGACCGGCAGCCCGCUGAACUUCACCUCUUCCGGAAUUACGAGGCUCCGGAGUGUGUGCGGGAGCCUCGGUUCAGCCAGAAUAUUAACCUGAAGCCUCCAACGCAGCCCUCAGACCAGCUGGUGUGGCGGGCAGCCCGAAGCAGUGGGGCAGCCCCCACCUACUUCCGGCCCAACGGGCGCUUCCUGGAUGGCGGGCUGCUAGCCAACAACCCCACGCUGGACGCCAUGACCGAGAUCCAUGAGUACAACCAGGACCUGAUCCGCAAGGGCCAGGACAGCAAGGUGAAGAAGCUCUCAGUCGUCGUCUCUCUGGGGACAGGGAGGUCCCCGCAGGUGCCCGUGACCUGUGUGGAUGUCUUCCGUCCCAGCAACCCCUGGGAACUGGCCAAGACUGUUUUUGGGGCCAAGGAACUGGGCAAGAUGGUGGUGGACUGUUGCACAGAUCCAGAUGGGCGGGCCGUGGACCGCGCCCGGGCCUGGUGCGAGAUGGUCGGCAUCCAGUACUUCAGAUUGAACCCCCAGCUGGGGACGGAUAUCAUGCUGGACGAGAUCAACGACUCGGUGCUGGUCAACGCCCUCUGGGAGACAGAGGUCUACAUCCAUGAGCACCGGGAGCAGUUCCAGAAGCUCAUCCAGCUGCUGCUCUCGCCGUGAGGCCACCAAGCCCCCAGCCGCCCCCACCCCACCCACCUGCCCAGCCCCUGCUGGGGAGGCCUGGCGAGCUGGUCAGGGCUGGGCCCAGGCAGCUCCAUGUCCACAGACCGGCCUCAGAGGGGCCAGGCUUCCUGCCCGAGGCUGCUCCUGAGGCCUCUCUCCCCUCGGUCCCCACCUUCUGGCACUUUUUGUCAUUCCAGGCUUACAAAGCCUAGAGCCUCACUCUGGCCUCUCCCUGACUGCCAAGGACAACUGACUCUCAGGCCCGUUGCCCUGUCGGCUCUAACACUAAGGGCGCCCGGGCCUGUCCCCAGCCCUGCCUUGCCCAAGCCCGGCCUCCCAGAGGGCCCUGGGCUCUUCUAGAUCCCCGGGGGAGUGCAGCGACCCCUGCCACCCUCUGCCCUCUUCCCUGGGAGCAGGGCUGAAGCAGGGGCUGUCGCCCACCCCGUCAGCAGGGGAAACCCAGGCUCCAGGAGUUGGAGCCCCAUUCGACUUUGCUCCUCAACACACGCCCAGCCACCUGCACCCCUCAGAGCUGCCCCACCCCGCGAGCUCUCCUCAGCUCUCAAAGGUCACUCCUAUGACUUAAGUUAUUUUUCCCGACAGGACGUGGUUUAUGAUGGGGAGGGGCGCCAGGGGCUGCCUGCAAACUGUGAAAUAAACUGUCUGAUCCCAGG